AUGAAGUACGUUGCGUUACUCAGUGGUGGAAAAGAUAGCUGCUACAAUCUUGUUCAUUGUGCUCGUCACGGACAUGAGCUUGUGGCGGCUGCAACGCUUGGCCCAGAGCAAGGCAAAGGUAUUGAACUGGACUCGUAUCUCUAUCAGACUGUCGGUCAAGAUGCGAUCAAAUUCGUGGCUCAAGCCUUGGACGUUCCUCUCUUCCGCAGAGUCAUCGUAGGCACGGCUGUCGAGCAAGGAGCAGAAUAUGGUGGCCGAAAUGCGUCUGACCCUCCGGUGAAUAAGGAUGACGAGACAGAGGACCUAUAUGCCCUUCUGGCUCAAGUCAAAUCAGAACAUCCAGACGUCCAAGGUGUAUCCGUAGGUGCGAUCCUUUCUAGCUACCAACGAGUUCGAGUAGAACAUGUAUGCCGACGACUCGGUCUCACCCCCUUGUGUUACCUCUGGCAGAGGGAUCAGUCUGAACUACUCUCCGAGAUGGUAGAAGCUGGGAUGGAGGCCAUCAUCAUCAAGGUCGCAGGCAUUGGUCUCACUACCAAGCAUCUAGGAAAAACCCUAGCUCAAAUGCAGCCAACGCUCACAAAGCUUAACACCCUCUAUGGCUCCCACGUCUGCGGGGAAGGCGGAGAAUACGAAACACUGACGUUAGAUUGUCCUCUAUUCAAGUACCGAAUAACCUUACUGGAGACGGAAACAGUCAUCCAUUCCGACAGUGACUUUGCCACAGUCGCUUUCCUUCGAAUCAAAAGCGCACGUUUAGACCGCAAAGACAUUGCUACCGUUAGCGCUGCAGUCCCAGACUUGCUGGAUGCCGAAUUUUCUGAUGUCGAAAAGGCCCUCAUCUCUUCUUCAAGACAUUCAGAGGAACAAGAACGGCUACCCGAUUUGAAAACUGAGGCAAGAACAGUACCACUUGGUCCCAGCGUCAGGCGGGACGGAAACUGGUUGGCCUUGGCCGAUAUUCAACGGGAGAACACUACUCCAGAACAGGGCCCCUCUGUGGAGGACGAAGUUCGAGAAUGUUUUCAGAUGCUCCACAGUAAUUUCCAUCCAUAA